AUGAUCCUGCUACAAUUUGCCUUUCUCAUCGCCCUGUGUGGAAGGAGCCAAAGCCAAGAGCAAACGUACCUGGUGACUGGGCCCCGGCUAUGGAGAAUAGGGGCGCAGGAAACUGUGGUCAUUCAGGCUUUUGGACAAAAGGAAAAUUUCCCUAUAAAAAUUUCAUUGCUGAGUUUCCCAGAUAAGAGGACCACAUAUGCAGUGCAGAGCCUAGAUCUGACUCCAGCCAACAACUUUCAAGGGGCAGCCAGCCUCCGGAUUCUGCCAAACAAAUUAGCACGGAAAGAUGGCGAGAUGCAGUACAUCUACCUCCAAGCACAAUCAAAGUCUUUCACCAAGGAGGAAAAAGUGCCAGUUACUUACCAGAAUGGAUUCUUAUUCAUCCAGACCGACAAAGUCGUCUACACGCCUGACCAAUCCGUUAAGAUUCGGGUCUAUUCCAUGGAUGAAGAGUUGAGACCAGCCCGCCGUCGAGUUACUCUCACGAUCAUGGACCCUCAGAAAGUGAAAAUGGACACAGUGACACAAGACGAUGCCACGGGUGUCAUUUCAUUCCCGGAAUUCAAGAUUCCGGCCAAUCCCAGAUAUGGUUUGUGGACUAUUGAAGCUACCUACGAAUCCGACUUUGUAACCUCCAGUGCUGUGAAGUUCGAAGUAAAGGAAUACGUUCUACCAAGGUUCUUUGUCACCAUCGAACCUGAACGCAACUUUAUCAGCUACGACACUUUCAAGGAUUUUGCUGUCACAGUAAAAGCAAAAUAUUACUAUGGCAGAAUAGUGGAGAAAGGCAAAGCCUUCAUUCGCUAUGGAUUAAUUGCAAAUGGGGAGAAGAAGAUGAUGGCAAAAUCAAUAGAGGUGUUGCAGAUAAUCAAUGGGGAGGCCGAAUUCCAUUUUAACAGUGAGCGCUCGGUGGCAGACCUGCAGUACUCCUCUCUGGAAGAACUGGAUGGGGCUUACCUGUACAUAACAGCAACAGUGGAGGAAGAGGAAGGUUCCCAGUCUGAAGAGAGUGAGAACUCCAAUGUUAAAUAUAUUUUAACGCCAUACAGGCUGACCCUGAUAGCAACACCUUUGUUUGUGAAACCAACACUGCCCUAUCAUAUAAAGGUUCUGGUGAAAGACACUUUGGACAACCCCACAGCAAGGAUUCCCCUUACUCUAUCUGGUGAAUUCACCAAUGAAAAUGGUGAAUCUGCUCCUAUUGAUAACGGUGAAUCAAUAAAACAAAGGACAGACAUCAAAGGGACAUCUGUGUUUGUCAUCAACAUCCCAGCAGGUGUCACAGCCCUGGAUUUUAGGAUCAAAACAGAUGAUCCAAACCUUCAAGAGGAAAACCAAGCAGAGGCAGAGUUCAAGGCCACGUCCUACAAGUCACUGACUGAAAGCUACCUGUACAUUGACUGGGCAAGAGAGAGCAGAAUUUUCCAAGUCGGCAGUUUUCUAAAUGUCAACAUAUUUCCAAAAAGCCCUUACCUACACAAGCUAACCCACUACAGUUAUUUGAUAAUAUCCAAGGGGAAGAUCCUCCAAUAUAAUACAGUGGAGCGGGUUCCUGGUUCUGUCUCCCAGUAUCUAAACAUCCAGAUAACAUCGAGCAUGGUUCCAUCCUUCCGUCUGCUUGUAUACUAUAUUGUUACUGGAGAAUCAACUGCAGAGCUUAUUGCCGAUUCCAUCUGGGUGGAAGUCCAGGAAAACUGUCUUAAUAGCCAGAAGAUUCAACUGAGCACGUCUGGUGGCACCUUCAAACCGAAAGAAAACGUAACACUUAAUAUAAAUGCACAAACUGGCUCUAUAGUAGCACUGUCUGCUGUUGAUGUUGCUAUUUAUGAUGUCACAAAAAAGUUUCAGAGACCUCUGGAAAGAGUUCUGCGCAAGAUAGAGGAAUCAGACUUGGGGUGCGGUGCUGGGGCAGGGCAAAACAACGUGGAUGUCUUCCAAACAGCCGGUCUUACAUUUAUAACAAAUGCCAACAUCCAGGCUGCUCAGAACACAGACCCAAGCAUCACUAAACGCAUCAACUUACCCUUGCACCUGUUUCCAGUCCAAGCAAAGUUGAACAGCACCAGCUACCACUACAUCCGGUUCCUACACCAGCAGCUUUCAAAUUAUGGCCAAGAUUGGAAAUGUGAUGCAAUACUAAGAAGUAAAAGAUCGUUGGAGGAUGAAAUCAAGAAAGAAGCUGGAAAAUUCCACAAUGAGAGCGUUAAGAAGUGCUGCAUGGAUGGCGGGACCAAUUUAAUAAAUGAAAAGGAGUGCAAAAAAGGGGUCGAGCGAGUCGAGAGACGGAAACCAAGCUUCCCACUAUGUGCAAAAGUGUUCGCAAAAUGCUGCCAGCUGGCCAAACAGCUGAAAGAGAAACUGGACAUGGAGCACAAAGAGCUGCAACUAGGAAGGAUGUAUAUCAAGACAGUUUUUAAUUUGGAGGAGCCAGAAAUUCGCAGUUAUUUCCCAGAAAGUUGGCUGUGGGAAGAGCAUGCCAUCACGGACAGAUACGGCGAGAAGAAGUUGCAAGUAAGUCUUCCAGACUCUCUGACCACAUGGGAAGUGCAAGGAGUUGGCAUGUCCGAUAAAGGUAUCUGUGUUGCUGAUCCACUGUCACUUACAGUGUUUAAAGACUUGUUUCUGGAUGUGCAACUACCCUACUCUGUCGUGCGAGGGGAGCAAGUGCAGAUCAAAGUGGUUGUUUACAACUACCAAGCUUACAAAGUUACGGGUUGCGUCAGAGUGUCGGUGACUAAAGAAGUAUGUUUGGUGAGCGAUUCCUCCUCCGAUGGUUACAGAAAUCGGAGAGGCUGUCAGGAUGAAAUCCAUCCGCUGACUCCGAAGAUAUAUACAUAUAAUCUCCUCCCUCUGGAGCUCGGACUCCACCCUGUCACCUUCACCCUGCAUGUUCCCAAGAAAGAAAUUGUGAUCAAGACUCUGCGGGUGGUGCCCGAAGGGAUUCAGGAAGAAAAUAGCAUGGGAUUCACUCUGGAUCCACAGGGAAUUCGUGGAAUAAUGAAGAGGAAUGAAGAUGUGGCCUUCAAGAUUCCAGUGAAUAUUGUGCCAAAAUCAAAGAUCAAUCGCAUCCUCUCCAUCAAUGGAAACAUACUGGGAGAGGUGAUAGACAUGAUUGUGAGUGGGAAUAGCAUACAGACUCUGGUCAACCUUCCGAAAGGCAGCGCAGAGACGGAACUGAUGAGAGUGGCGCCUAUCUUCUACGUUUAUCAUUAUCUGGACACCAAGAAUGAGUGGAGCCUGCUGGGCCCUAACACCUUCAUGAUUCAGAUAGAAAUGCAGAAGAAGCUAAAGGAUGGAGUUUCCAGCAUACUCGCCUUCCGCAAUGGGGACCAUUCCUACAGCUUGCGGAGAGACAGCGACCCUAGCACCUGGUUAACAGCCUUUGCUCUGCGCACCUUUGGAGAAAUUCAGAAAUACGUAUCCCUGGAUCAUAUGUCUGUGUGUAACAGUCUCAUCUGGCUGAUUGAGAAAUGCCAAUCCAGAGAUGGAUCCUUCCAGGAAAAGUCCUCAACAAACCUUGUCAAACUACAGGGCACAAUUCCCAGAGAGGCAGCUGAGAAGACUCUGUAUCUGACAGCAUAUGUCAUAAUUGCAAUACAGAAAUCGCUCCACAUGUGUCCACUCAAUCAAAUAAGCAACGCACUGGAACUCGCCAUAGACUACGUCUCCAGACAGGCCUCCAGCGCACAGACCAUGUACACAAUGGCAGUCUGUGCAUAUGCUCUCCAUAUUUCAGAGUCAACGCUACAGAGUAAACACCAAACAAUUGCGAAAAUAAAAGGGGAGGCACUCACCAAAGGAAUCAGUUUUCCACCAGCCUAUCGAUAUUGGAAGGAUACGCUGAACAAAUUUGACCAGGUCACACCUAGUGUGGAAACAGCAAUGAUGGUGGAGACGACAGCUUACACUCUGCUGGCUAUACUGAAAUCCGGUGAUUAUGAAUAUGCCAAACCGGUUGCACGUUGGCUGAAGGAGCAGCAGCGGUACGGCGGAGGAUUCUUUUCAACACAGGAUACUGUCAUGGCCCUAGAAGCGCUGACAGAGGUUGGCAUCUUGGAGAAGAAGCUCAACUUAAACAUGGAUGUGACAGUCUCCUACAGAAGAGCCGGGGAGUUCAAGAACUACCGGUUGACCGAAAGGAAUCCAUUCACAAAACCUGUUGAGGUUCCCAUUCUAGAAGAUCUGAUUAUCAGUACAAGGAGCGCCUAUGGUAUUGCUACAGGAAAUGUGAGGACCGUCUAUAACAUCAUUAGCCCCCCUCAGGAAAACUGCCGGUUUGACCUGAAGAUUCAGAAGAAAUUACCAUGUAUGUUAACAGCCUUUGCUCUGCGCACCUUUGGAGAAAUUCAGAAAUACGUAUCCCUGGAUCAUAUGUCUGUGUGUAACAGUCUCAUCUGGCUGAUUGAGAAAUGCCAAUCCAGAGAUGGAUCCUUCCAGGAAAAGUCCUCAACAAACCUUGUCAAACUACAGGGCACAAUUCCCAGAGAGGCAGCUGAGAAGACUCUGUAUCUGACAGCAUAUGUCAUAAUUGCAAUACAGAAAUCGCUCCACAUGUGUCCACUCAAUCAAAUAAGCAACGCACUGGAACUCGCCAUAGACUACGUCUCCAGACAGGCCUCCAGCGCACAGACCAUGUACACAAUGGCAGUCUGUGCAUAUGCUCUCCAUAUUUCAGAGUCAACGCUACAGAGUAAACACCAAACAAUUGCGAAAAUAAAAGGGGAGGCACUCACCAAAGGAAUCAGUUUUCCACCAGCCUAUCGAUAUUGGAAGGAUACGCUGAACAAAUUUGACCAGGUCACACCUAGUGUGGAAACAGCAAUGAUGGUGGAGACGACAGCUUACACUCUGCUGGCUAUACUGAAAUCCGGUGAUUAUGAAUAUGCCAAACCGGUUGCACGUUGGCUGAAGGAGCAGCAGCGGUACGGCGGAGGAUUCUUUUCAACACAGGAUACUGUCAUGGCCCUAGAAGCGCUGACAGAGGUUGGCAUCUUGGAGAAGAAGCUCAACUUAAACAUGGAUGUGACAGUCUCCUACAGAAGAGCCGGGGAGUUCAAGAACUACCGGUUGACCGAAAGGAAUCCAUUCACAAAACCUGUUGAGGUUCCCAUUCUAGAAGAUCUGAUUAUCAGUACAAGGAGCGCCUAUGGUAUUGCUACAGGAAAUGUGAGGACCGUCUAUAACAUCAUUAGCCCCCCUCAGGAAAACUGCCGGUUUGACCUGAAGAUUCAGAAGAAAUUACCAUCAGAAGACCAGUCGAUAUUCAGUGAUGAUAACUCACAGGCACUGUUCCUGGAAGUCUGUGCAAAGUACAAGCCAAAGAAAAAUGAAAAUGUGGAAUCGGGACAAGUGGUCAUGGAGAUUACACUAGUUACUGGCCUCAUAGCUGAUGAGAAAAACUUGAAUGAGCUCAUCAACAGAGUGGACCAGUAUGUGGUGGAUUACAGUCUCGAAGAUGGAAAAGUUGUUCUCCACUUUGACUGGAUUGGAUCUGAUGAGUACAUCUGUGCCACCCUGCUGGUCAGGAAGAUGUUCAAAGUGGCCUUGAUAAGCCCCGGGAUCUUUAAAGUUUACGAAUUGCGAGCACCAGAUCAGGCAUGUACCACCUUCUACAAUCCAUACGCUGAUGACAAUCUGGUGAGGGUUUGCACGGGAGACACAUGUAAAUGUAUAGAAGGUGAAUGUCCCAAACUGAAAAGCAAACUGGACAUGACAACCACAGCAGAACAAAGAAAGAAUGUGGCGUGCAAGGGUGAUGUCACAUACGCAUAUAAAGUGCAGAUUGUCCAGCUGGAUGAAGAUGGAGAUUUUCUGAAAUACACAGCAAAAAUCUUGGAUAUAUUUAACAAAGGUACUGCACUGGUCAAAGUGAACAAACAGAUUCGCUUCAUCAAGAAGAAUACAUGCAGCAGCUUUGAUAUGGAGAACGGGCAGCAGUACCUGAUCAUGGGGAAAGAUGGGAUCCAGAUUCGGCAAGAGCGAGAAUUCCAUUAUGAGUAUCCGCUGGACUCCAAUUCCUGGAUAGAAUGGUGGCCGGAUGUUUCCUGCACCAGUUUGCAGUGUAAUCGAUUUUUGGGCAUGCUGGAGGACUUCACUGAGAAUAUUCUGCUGGAGGGAUGUCAGUAG